GGAAAGGAAGGCUCCCGCACAGCCGCUUCGCCGUCGCCAUGGCAUCCGCCCGCGCCGCCCUGCUCCGCCGCCACUGCCUUGCCGCGGCCGCCGGCGGCGGCGCCAACCCAGUACUCUUCUGCGGCCAUGGCCUCCGCUACCGCAAGCUGGAGGUCAUCCUCACCACGACUAUCGAUAAGCUGGGCAAAGCGGGGGAGGUGGUGAAGGUGGCCCCCGGACACUUCCGCAAUCACCUUAUGCCCAAGAUGCUCGCUGUCCCAAACAUCGACAAAUUCACUUUACUCAUCCGUGAGCAGCGUAAGCUUUACCAACCUCAAGAGGUGGAGGUGGUGAAAGAAGUCCGAAAGGAAGAUGACGAUGCUAGACAACAGGAAGAGAAACUGAAGGAGUAUCAGACGGCAGCAAAGCGUCUUGAUAAUGCUCUCUUGGUGUUGAGGAGGUUCAUCUCAGUUGGGAAUGAACUACGGUCUCCUGUGACAAAGGAUGAAAUUAUUUCCGAGGUUGCACGGCAACUCAAUAUCAAUAUCCACCCAGACAAUCUCCACCUGCCAUCACCAUUGGCAUCCCUUGGGGAAUUUGAGCUGCCCCUCCGUUUGCCAAGGGAUAUACCACGCCCAGAAGGCAAGCUACAAUGGACUCUAACGGUUAAGAUCAGAAGAAAAUAGGUCGAAUUCAUGGGAUCAUUUUGUUGCCCCUCCAAGGAGGUGGAUGAUACUAAGACGUUGCAGAAUUCAGAGCAGGAAACUUAAGAUAAAGUUUGUUGCAAAAUUUAGCCCCAUUUUGGAAAUGGGGUUUUGCAUUCUGCGUGUGGUUUUCUGAACCUGCUCAGUGACAUUCUAUUCUUGGCCUUUCUUUGAGCAGGACGAUCUGUAGUAGUCAUCUCAUUCGUAAAAUGCUGAAUAAUCUUCCUGGAAUAGAUAUGUUGCAACGAUUAUUUAGCAGUCAGCAUGGCCUGUGUUGUGUCUACAGCCUCGUGUAUUUUUCUUUUAAUUGAUGUAUUGUUGCCUACGUUAUACUCC